AUGGCGUCCACCCGGCUGAAGUUCUCGUACCGGAGGCUGAGAAAGGGCCCGCCGGAUCCGGAGGAGGACGGCGGCGGCGGGGAGGCGGCGCAGCCGGCGCGCGCGGCUGCGGGCGGCAGGGGCAGGCGGAGGCGCCCGAGGGUGAGGAUUGCGCGGCUGCGGUGCCUGCUGAGAAGGCAGGGGGUGCGGAUGCGGGCGUCGUUGCGGCGGGUGGUGGGGAGGCUCAACGAGGCGAGAUCCCACUUUGGAGAGCUCUUCUCUGGCAACUACGUGUUCAUGCAAGUCAACCCAGCGCCGGUGGGGAAGGCCUUCGCCGCCGCUCACGGCGGCGCUCAUCCUCCCUCCGGGUAUUACCUCCCGAGGGUCGGUUGA